GAUGUGGUAGGGGCGCUGCGCUCGCCGCUGCACUCGCAGCCGCCGGCGCGCGCGGACCUCUGACCCUGGACUCUGGCCGCCGCCGGCAGCAGCCCCCGCGGGUCGUCGCCCGGGCCGCCCACGGUUCCCCGGCCCCAAGGGGCCCUGCCGGCCGCGGUGCGGGGCGCGGGCAGCAUGAGCCGGGCGGCCCGGCGGGCCGGCGCGGGGCAGGGGGUGGCGGCGCUGCGGCUGCUGGUCACGCUGAGCCUCCUGCGGGGCGUCGUCGAGGCCCAGGUCAUUGGAGUCCUGGAUGAUUGCUUGUGUGAUAUUGAGAGCAUCGAUAACUUUAACACCUACAAAAUCUUCCCCAAAAUAAAAAAGUUGCAAGAGCGAGACUACUUCCGUUAUUACAAGGUCAACCUGAAGCGGCCGUGCCCUUUCUGGGCGGAAGAUGGCCAUUGCUCCAUAAAAGACUGCCACGUGGAGCCUUGUCCAGAGAGUAAAAUUCCCGUCGGAAUUAAAGCUGGGAUUUCGAACAAGUACUUGAAAGUGGCCAACAAUACCAAAGAAUUCGAAGACUGUGAGCAAGCCAGCAAACUGGGAGCAAUUAACAGCACGCUGAGUAAUCAGAGCAAAGAGGCUUUCAUCGACUGGGCGAGAUACGAUGACUCACAGGAUCACUUUUGUGAGCUUGAUGACGAAAGGUCCCCGGCUGCCCAGUACGUGGACCUGCUGCUGAACCCCGAGCGCUACACGGGCUACAAAGGGCCGUCCGCCUGGAGGGUGUGGAACAGCAUCUAUGAAGAAAACUGCUUCAAGCCUCGGUCUGUUUAUCGUCCUUUAAACCCGCUGGCACCCAGCCGAGGAGAAGAUGAUGGAGAAUCGUUCUACACGUGGCUAGAAGGUUUAUGUCUGGAGAAAAGAGUCUUCUAUAAGCUCAUAUCGGGACUUCAUGCCAGCAUCAAUUUACAUCUAUGUGCGAAUUACCUUCUGGAAGAAACCUGGGGAAAGCCUAGCUGGGGACCUAACAUCAAAGAAUUUAAACGCCGCUUUGACCCCGUGGAAACCAAGGGCGAGGGCCCGAGGCGGCUGAAGAAUCUGUACUUCUUGUACCUCAUCGAGCUGCGGGCCUUGUCCAAGGUGGCCCCGUACUUUGAGCGCUCGGUGGUCGAUCUGUACACUGGCAGCGUGGACGAUGACGCCGACACGAAGACCCUCCUCCUGAACAUCUUCCAAGACACAAAGUCCUUUCCCAUGCACUUCGACGAGAAAUCCAUGUUCUCCGGUGACAAGAAGGGGGCCAAGUCGCUGAAGGAGGAAUUCCGGCUGCAUUUCAAGAACAUCUCUCGCAUAAUGGACUGCGUUGGGUGUGACAAGUGCAGACUGUGGGGGAAGCUGCAGACUCAGGGUUUGGGAACUGCCCUGAAGAUACUGUUCUCCGAGAAGGAAAUCCAGAAGCUCCCGGAGAACAGCCCCUCGAAAGGCUUCCAGCUCACUCGGCAGGAAAUAGUCGCUCUUUUAAACGCUUUUGGGAGGCUUUCUACCAGCAUCAGAGAAUUACAGAAUUUUAAAGUCUUAUUGCAACACAGUAGCCACCCUCGGUGCUGUGUACGUGAGCGAGGACAGCCCCUGGCCCUCAGCGCCGCCUCCGCUGGACACUGGGAUCAGCUCGCAGGAAAGCUCUCGGCAGUCUGUGAGCACAAGCACCUGCAGAAACCAUAGCUUUCACCCCAUACGGGGUGGCGGUGUCAUGGAAACCGUUUGCUAAAGCAGCACAGCACACACGCAGUUGUAUGUGCGCCCUAUUCUCGGGAAUAUCUGCAGGAACGGAAUUGCAAAUCGUGUGUGUUGUACCCACUGUUCAGUAGGAAUGUGAAUUAAACGUUUCUACUAUCUUUC